AUGGCAUCUAAACCAGCAUUAAAAAAGUACAUGUCGAUGGAUCAAAAACAAUACAUCGUAGAUUACAUGGCAAACAACAUAGAUUUUGCUAACAAUCGAUUCCAGUCACUGCGAGGCAAAGAAUUGCAGGUAAAAAAAUGGAGCGAUUUAAGCACCUCGCUAAAUGCUCUAGGAGGUGCUACAAAAUCAUCCGAACAGUGGGAACUGUCAUGGCGGGACUUGAAGCAAAAAACCAAAACGAAAUGGUUGAACAUACAUAAUCGCCAAAGUGGGGAGAAUGGGAUGCUAAAAAAAAAGCGCGAUGUUCUUUCAGAAAUAGAAAAAAUGGUCCUGGCUAUUAUGCAAAAGGAUACCCUAGACGGAGACGGAAACACCCAAGAAGCAGGAUUCGGUGAAUCGACUCUUCCGCUCGAAAUAACAAGUGAUGAGGUAGGAACAGAGUGUGACAUCGAAUUCUUGGAUGUCGAACUUCAGAAUGUACAAGCCGGUAUAGAAACUUCUGCUGAAUUAGAUGGACUAACUGGUAGCUUUGCACCGGUGUCAUCGAGAGAGUGUACUAAUGACAACCAUGCUGCAGAUUCUGCUACUAACUCAGGAGUAACAGCAAUGCUUCCAAAAGGAAGGCAAAUUGGAAGAGGUCACCGCUACAGUGAAACAUCGAUGCAAAAAAUGGAAUCCAAGAUCUUUGGUGUGCUUGAAAAAAUGCAAGAGGAAACACAGGAAUAUAGGAAACGCAAACUGGAAAUGCAGGAAAAAUUACUGAACAUCAAAGAGAGAAAGCUUGCAACUAUACAAAACAAGGUUAGCGUAUUGAACGCAAUUAACGAGAACCUAAGUAACCUGUUGCAACGCAAUUGA